AUGCAACGUCAUCGACAAGUUAUUCAACUGUCAGAUCAUGUUAAAAAUAAACUUAACCAACAUCAUUAUCCAACAGAAUCAUUAUCAUUAAUUAAUUCAUCUAAUGAAUUUCCAGAAACUAAUAAUACUAAUGAUGGCAAUGAUUCAUUGCAUUUCACAUCAUCUGAAAAUGUAAUUCGCCAACGUCAUGAUACAUUUACUGCUUAUCAAGUUACGCAACCAUCUGAAUUAUUUUUUACUGAAGAAAAAUCGAAUCCAAUUACAAAUAUUUCUAUUCUUCAAGAACAAUAUAAAAAACAACAUGAAUGUCAAGAAUGUAUUCGUCGUAAUUAUAUAAUUCAUUUUGAACGUCAAAAAUUUUUACGUCUUUAUGAAGAAAAUAAAAAAUUAAAUGAACAACUUCAUUUAUCUAUUCAACAUAAUCAUCAAUAUGAAGAAGAUAUUCAAAAAUUAAGAUAUUAUUUAAAAAAAAUGAAUUCUCAUCUUUAUGAAUAUCAAAUUAAUUUUGAUUAUCUCAAACAAAAAAUUAUAUCUGAGAAGAAAACAAAUUCAAAAAUAGAUAAAGAAAAACAAAUAGAAACAGAUGAAGAUAAAUAUAAUAUGAGAAUUGAUCAUUUAAAAAGACUUCGAUAUGAAGUAGAAAUGUAUAAUCGACUAGUAAUUGCUAAACAACAACAACAACAAGAACAAAACAAUAUACAAAAGAAAAUUGAUUUCUAG